AUGCAGUAUACUGACUUUCUGUAUUCAGUGCAUCCUCAUGUAGAAAAGGCUCUGUAUAGCCUGUUCAAGCGCGACUGCGUCGACUGCCCUGGAACCACACCUUCUUGCCCCUCAUGCUCAGGCGGCAAGGUCUGCUCACUAGUCCCUCAAUCUUGCGAUACCUGCGCAUACACAACUUGCGUCGCAUCCAACAAUGUACCUUCACAUCACUCAGGCCCCAAUGUCGGCGCCAUUGCCGGAGGAGUCAUUGGCGGUAUUUUCUUCAUCGGUGUGCUUGUGUUUGCGUUUUACUGGUUCGUCAUUCGCCCGCGCCGCAUCAAACUCGAGGAAGAAUGGGAAGAGGAGGACGAAGCUGAGAAUCGCAAGUCACACUUCAACAUGCAGAGGUCGGAGCGCGCUUCGGUGCAUACCGUGCAUUCAGUCGCCAACAGCAUCCUCAGCCGCGCUUCAAACUUCAUCCCUAUCGCCUACAUCCCUGGCGUCAUGAAUAGAAACGGCACCCAAGAACAUGUUCCUCCUGUCCCGCCGAUUCCAGCCGCCCAUGGCCCUCCCCUCAGCGGCGCAUCCAACAAUGGCGAAGCGCUAUUCUUCCGCCCUGGCGACCUCCGCGAUUCCACAUACUCAGAUACCUCGUCCCUGGAUAACCGCAGCACCUUUUUCGGGCGUCCCAGUAUUACCCCCUCGCUCGCCCGCAGCAGCAUCGCCACAUACCGCGACGAUGCCGUCGUAAACCCCAUGCCCGCACAAACCGUCCUGCGCGGAAAAGCAAACGUCGUCAGUGUGAAAAGCGGAAACUCUGCAACCCCCUCGCCACAAACUACUCCUGCAGAAGAACUUUCGAACCCGUUGAACAGGAGUGCCAGCGGCAGAAAGCUGAAUAUCGUCAUGCCAACAUCCAGUGAUGCCGUCAGACCUGGUUCUGCGAACUCGGCGUCUUCGCAACAAACAUUGAGUUCUGCGAGUUACGGCAAACCCACCCUCCUCACCCUCGGCGGCAGCAAACCAAAAGCAGCAAAAGGUCGUUUCCCGGUCUCCUCCUCCGACUCGCCCAAACCCAACAUCUCAUCACCAUUAGCGACUUCCACAGCAACAACGCCAGAUGAACAAGACGCCUCGCCCUUCUCUGAUGCAGCGAGUAUUACCCACGAAAACAAGGGUGCGAAGAGAACGCCUGGAGGUUUAUCGGCUGUGAUUGAAGAGACACAGAGUCUGAGGGGCAGUCUUGCUGCAAGGAGGUUGAGUAGGCAUCAAGAGGUUCCGCGGGGCCAGAGUCCAUUUGGGGAUGAGCAUGAGACUUAA